CGAAAGAGAGAGAGGCAAGAACCAAGCAGGUUCUUUUCCAAUUGUGGUUGCCCGAGCAGCCUGUGGUCAGUGUCGGGUCAUCUAUAAGUCUCACGCUGUGAAUCGGGGUAGUCGAUUUUUCAGCUAGUACCUGCGUCUCUGGAGAGAAAGAAGGGAAUAGUGAAACAUGGGUUGGAUUCCCUGUUCUGGAAAUUCAAACACUAAGAAGAAGACAAAGAAGCAGACGAAGAAAACGGAGGUGCAGGAGAACAUGAUUGAUCCGAUAAAAGCAGCCCCAGGGAAGUUGAAGAGGAAUUCAUCUACAAAUUCCAAGGAUACCUCUAAAAGUGGGAACCCUGAUCACAUAGCAGCACAGACUUUCACAUUUCGUGAGUUGGCUACGGCGGCUAGAAAUUUUAGAGCUGAAUGCUUGCUGGGUGAGGGAGGUUUUGGAAGAGUAUACAAAGGGCGCUUGGAAAGUAAUAAUCAGGUUGUUGCAAUUAAGCAACUUGACCGAAAUGGGCUGCAAGGAAAUAGAGAAUUCCUAGUUGAAGUGUUGAUGUUAAGUCUACUACACCACCCUAACCUUGUCAGCCUCAUUGGUUAUUGUGCUGAUGGAGAUCAAAGGCUUUUAGUUUAUGAAUAUAUGCCAUUAGGGUCCUUGGAAGACCACUUGCAUGAUGUUUCUCCUGGCAAGAAGUGUCUCGACUGGAAUACAAGAAUGAAAAUAGCAGCUGGGGCAGCAAAAGGGUUGGAAUAUCUGCAUGACAAAGCUAACCCUCCUGUCAUAUACCGAGAUUUGAAGUGCUCAAACAUUUUGCUUGGUGAAGGGUAUCAUCCAAAGUUAUCUGAUUUUGGCUUGGCCAAGCUUGGACCAGUUGGGGAGAACACUCACGUGUCAACGAGGGUUAUGGGAACCUACGGUUAUUGUGCUCCAGAGUAUGCAAUGACAGGACAACUGACUCUGAAAUCAGAUGUCUAUAGCUUUGGUGUAGUUCUUCUGGAAAUAAUUACUGGAAGGAAAGCUAUUGACAAUUCAAAGGCUGCGGGAGAACAGAAUCUUGUGGCAUGGGCGAGACCUUUGUUUAAAGAUCAACGAAAAUUUUCACUAAUGGCGGAUCCAAUGCUCGAAGGUCAGUAUCCUUCAAGGGGCCUAUGCCAGGCCCUUGCAGUUGCUGCGAUGUGUGUUCAGGAGCAGGCUAACAUGCGUCCAGUUAUAGCUGAUGUUGUCACAGCUUUGACUUAUCUUGCUUCACAAAGAUAUGACCCAAGUACGCAAUCACUCCAGGGGUCUCGCCUCUCUCCGGCCACUCCUAGAACCAAGAGGCGGCAGUGACAUGCUCCUCAAUGCUGGUUAUGAGAUCAUCUGUACAAUAUUUCAAACAACACUCUGCAAUACAUAGGUUUACAUACGUUAAUACCUGCUGUCAUUUGGUGGUGUUCUCUCAGUUUGGAGUAUAGGUUGAGAAGAAGACUGAAAUUUUGUUCUAUUCCUGUUACAAGGAUGCACACAAUUGCUCUUAUUUCCUUAACGGAGCCAAUAUAGUAUUCCUACCUGUUUUUUUAACCUCAAGUCACCUUUUAAGAGCUGGGUUCAUUAUUUAAGUGUCUUGUCUGGGCAGUAGUUCUUCCCCGUGUAUCGACAUUCUAAAGGAGUAUUUGCUUCUACUUAUUUAUCCUGGUUCUGUUGUAUAGUUAAGCUAUAUUUGUAGGUUAUGAAGCUCUGAGUAGUUUUUAUACCAACAAAGAAAGCUCGCACGUUGAGUUCUUUGUUGGAUCUCUAUGUAGAUUGUUUCCCCCCUUCAUCGUGACUGUGGAUUCUUAUUUAUUUGUGAUGUAAUUCGGUUUU